GGAAAGGUUAUUCCAUCUCUCUUUUCAGACAUUCUCACCAUUCUUCUUCUUCUUCUUCCUUGGAAUUGGGGGUUGAUCAGAAGCAGCUUAUUGUGAUGGUGAAAGAAACUGAGUAUUAUGAUGUUCUUGGUGUUACCCCACUUGUAUCUGAAGACCAUAUUCGAAAAGCUUAUUAUCUCAAGGCACGACAAGUUCAUCCCGAUAAAAAUCCAAACGAUCCUCAAGCUGCAGAGAGAUUUCAGGUACUGGGUGAAGCUUAUCAGGUUUUGAGUGAUCCUGUAAAAAGAGAUGCAUAUGAUCGAAAUGGCAAGUGCUCCAUAUCUAAGGACGCCAUGCUUGAUUCCACUGCUGUUUUUGCCGUUCUUUUUGGAAGUGAACUAUUCGAAGACUACGUAGGACAUCUAGCGGUGGCAACAAUGGCUUCCGCAGAAUUAGCACUUGAAAAUGACAUCCCCGAAAUAUUGCAUGACAAGUUGAAGACUAUCCAAAAGGAAAGGGAAGAAAAACUGGCUGGAUCACUGAAAAAAUUUAUUCACCAAUAUGUUCAAGGCGACAAAGAAGAGUUUAUACGUCGUGCUGAGUCUGAGGCAGAACGACUUGCACAAGCAGCUUUUGGAGCAAAUAUGUUACACACAAUCGGAUACAUAUAUGAAAGACAGGGUGCACUAGAGCUGGGAAAGAAAGUCAUUUACCUUGGGGUACCAUUUAUGGCUGAGUGGGUUAGAAACAAAGGGCAUUUCUGGAAGUCACAGAUAACUGCAGCAAAAGGUGCUUUUCAAUUGCUACAACUACAAGAAGAUGCACGGCGACAAUUUAAAAUGGAUGGCACAAAUGAUGCCGAAUCACAUUUAAGAUCCAGCAAGGAUACACUUAUGAACUCGCUAUGGAAGUUGAAUGUAGUUGACAUUGAAGUUACUCUAUUACAUGUUUGCCAAAUGGUGCUCCAUGAAAAUAAUGUCAGGAAGGAAGAACUUAAAGCUCGUGCGGUGGCCCUAAAACUUCUAGGCAAAAUAUUUCAGAGAGAGAAAAAUUCACAAAGCGGAACAUCAAAGAAGAAAAUUGCUUCAGAUGAUACAAGCAGCAGCUCAGAUAGCAGUGAUGAUGAGGAUUCACCAAGAACACUCAACUAUCGAGCCCCUUUUAUCACACAGGGCAUUGGUAGGCUAUUCAGGUGCCUGUGUAAUCCAGCAUAUGAUGUAGAUGACGAUGAGAUUGUUUAUAAGACCAACAAAUGAUGGAUAACAAGGGAUGAUGUUAAUUAAAUUCUUCAGGAUUGGUCAUGUAAAGUCCCAACAGAAAAAAAAAAGGAUGAAACAUCAGGUGCAAUGGUUUGAUUAAAUUUGAUCUUGUGUGUUAUUCUUCUGCAGAACCUUCCUUAUACAACGUUGACAAUUGAACAUAUGAAGUUGCUGGUUUAUACUCUUUUUUUAUCAGGAAGAAGGUGUGUUAUGGUCUCUAUCUAGGAGUAAUCUACAAUGCAUUGGGCAUA